AUGAUGACGGUAGCGAUGACGAAAACGGCGACGCUGACGAUGAUAACAACAGCAUCAGUCGAGCUUAUGAUGGUGAAGGCGACAAGCCCUUGUUGGUCCCAGAGAGAUCUCAAAAUUUUACUUCUGCAACGGAACAGCAAAAUCAAGAGCAAAAUCGGUUGCGCUCGGAAAAAACAGCAGCGUUGCGUGGCCGUUCACACGUUCCGGUAA